GCUGAGAUUGCUUCUGGCUUCUCUUCUUCUUCUUCCAGUCUUCUUCAGCCCAAAACAGUCUUCCUUCUUCCUCUUCAGUUUAUCUUCUUCUUUCUCUGCUCUUCCUUUUUUUCCUCUGUUUUUGUUUAUUUUUAGAGAUUUUUUUUUUUGCUUCCGAUUUGAUUAUUUCCGGGAACAAUGACUUCUCCGGCUAGUUCCCAGUGAGAUGAUCUAGUUUGCAUAUUUGGUUCCUCCAUGGCUACUCUCGAGGGUUUUGGCUGCGAUGGAUUCGUUUGGUUGCUCUAGAAUCUAAAGAGGUUAUCACAACGGCUUUGCAAUUUGGAAACUUUCAUGUUUGGGGAGAUCGAAGAUGGUUUCUUUAUUAUAUUUUACUUGUUAGAGAGGAUUUGAAGCAGCGAAUAGCUGCAACGGUCCUGUUAUGGAUACUAAUAUAUCUGGAGAAGAAUUAUUAGCUAAGGCAAGAAAGCCGUAUACAAUAACAAAGCAGCGAGAGCGAUGGACAGAUGAUGAGCAUGAGAGGUUUCUAGAAGCCUUGAGGCUUUAUGGAAGAGCUUGGCAACGAAUUGAAGAACAUAUUGUGACAAAGACUGCUGUUCAGAUCAGAAGUCAUGCACAAAAGUUCUUCACAAAGUUGGAGAAAGAGGCUGAAGCUAAAGGCAUCCCUGUUUGCCAAGCUUUGGACAUAGAAAUUCCACCUCCUCGUCCUAAACGGAAACCCAAUACCCCUUAUCCUCGAAAACAUGGGAAUAACGGUACAUCUUCCUCACAAGUAUCAUCAGCAAAAGAUGCAAAACUUGCUUCGUCGGCCUCUUCUUCACAGUUUAAUCAGUCGUUCUUGGAUUUGGAAAAAAUGCCGUUUUCUGAGAAAACAUCAACUGGAAAAGAAAAUCAAGAUGAUAAUUGCUCGGAUGUUUCUACUGUGAACAAGUAUCCCUUACCAAAGAAACUGGGAAUUGCCGAUAUUGAAACAAGUAAGACCUCAACUGUGGACAACGCGGUUCAAGAUGCUCCCAAGAAGAACAAACACAAAGAUGGUAACGAUGGUACUGUUUACAGCGUGCAAAACUACCUUUGGCAUUCCCACGCGGGUAUUGUGAACGGGAAUAUAGCAAAAUGCCCUCAAAAUCAUCCCUUAGGUAUGGUAUCUCAAGACUUCAUGUUUCAUCCUAUGAGAGAAGAAAGUCACGGGCACGCAAAUCUUCAAGCUACAACAGCAUCUGCUACAGCUUCUCAUCAAGCGUUUCCAGCUUGUCAUUCACAGAAUGAUUACCAUUCGUUUCUCCAGAUGUCUUCUACUUUCUCCAAUCUUAUUAUGUCAAAUCUCCUACAGAAUCCUGCUGCUCAUGCUGCAGCUACAUUUGCUGCUUCGGUCUGGCCUUAUGCGAAUGUUGGAAAUUCUGGAGAUUCGUCAACCCCAGUGAGCUCUUCCCCUCCAAGUAUAGCUGCCAUUGCUGCUGCUACAGUAGCUGCUGCAACUGCUUGGUGGGCUUCUCAUGGACUUCUUCCUGUAUGUGCUCCAGCUCCAAUUACAUGUGUUCCAUUACCAACUCCAGCAAUGACUGAGAUGGGUACCGUUGAAAAUGCUCAACUACCGCUUGAGAAACAAAACACAGCUCUGCAAGAUCAAAACGUGGCUUCAAAAUCUCUAGCUUCAUCAUCCGAUGAUUCAGAGGAGACUGGAGUAACCAAGCUAAAUGUUGACUCAAAAACCCAAGGUGAUAAGGUUGGAGAGGUUGUUGCUGCUGCUGCUGUGCAUGAUUCAAACACUACCCAGAAGAAAAAUAUGGUGGAUCGGUCAUCGUGUGGCUCAAACACACCUUCAGGGAGUGACGCGGAAACAGAUGCAUUAGAUAAAAUGGAGAAAGAUAAAGAGGAUGUGAAGGAGACAGAUGAAAAUCAGCCAGAUGUUAUUGAGUUAAAUAACCGUAAGAUUAAAAUGAGAGACAACAACAACAACAACAACAACCCAACUACUGAUUCAUGGAAGGAAGUCUCCGAAGAGGGUCGUAUAGCAUUUCAGGCUCUCUUUGCAAGAGAAAAAUUGCCUCAAAGCUUUUCACUUCCUCAAGUGGCAGAGAAUGUGAAUGGAAAACAAAGGGACACAGCCAUGCCAUUGGUUCCUAAUUUUAAAAGCCAAGAUUCCUGUGCUGCAGACCAAGAAAGAGUAGUAAUGAUCGGUGUUGGACCAGGCAAGAAUCUUAAAACGAGACAGACAGGGUUUAAGCCAUACAAGAGAUGUUCAAUGGAACUGAAAGAGAGCCAAGUUGGGAACACAAACAAUCAAAGCGAUGAAAAAGUCUGCAAAAGGCUUCGAUUGGAAGGAGAAGCUUCUACAUGACAGACAGACUUUGAGGUAUAAAAAAAACAUCCACAUUUUUAUCAAUAUCUUUAAAUCUAGUGUUAGUAGUUGCUUCUCCAAUCUUUAUGAAAGAGACUUUUAAUCUUCCUUUUAGAUCCAUCCGAACAUUUCUUUGGUCAUGUCAGGUUCUGUACCAUAUUACCCCAUGUCUUGUCUCUUGUCUCUCGUCUUUGUUUGUGUAUGCUACUUCUGGUCUAUAUGUCUGCUGCUACUACUGUUAAUUAACCAUUUAAGCAAUGGAUUUGUGUCUCUACUCUUCUGUUUUUUAAAAAUUGUGGAUAUUGAUCAUAAAUGCUUUUGAAUGAUGGA